CGAUCCUAGAUAUGCAAGGGUGUUGGAGAACCGUGACUAGGCCGAGUCAAAUGUCGUCGUUGAUCAGACGCUUGCCACGCACCGGCAGCAUUUCUGUCGGCAACGGCAAUAGUACCGGACGCCAACCCCUCCCCACCCCAAGUGGUUCUUGCACUUCUCGAUUGAUUCCUUUUCGACACAGUACAUGAAUGCCUUGAAUGCAUCUGGACUCACUCUUACUCCUCCUCCCCUCCCCCUGUCCUCGCAACAUGCACGAGACGAGCAGACUGCUCGACGCUGCGAGCGCACUCUCCCGACUGCUACGAGCCGCUGAGGUGCCUCAUGCAUUUUACGGCAGUGUAUACACCGCGAUGCUGGCCAACGCACCACAUGCCGAUGAAAUCUUCUGUAUAGUUGAAGGUGGUGCCUCCCACCCUUUCCGUCGAGUUCGGCAUGCUUGCGCCGGGAGCGAAGACUUUACGACAGUGAUCUCCCCUUGGAGCAGCAGGUUGCAUGCCACGUACCACGGGUACAUUCCUUCCAUCGAUAUUGAAAUUCUGCCCGCUGGAGAGCAGGGUCCACGGCGUCUCGACUCGUCUACAGUGCAGAUCAUUCGCCGUAUCCCUUUCCUUACAAUGUCCGAAUUCAUUAGGGCAAAACUAAAAGCUUGGGCGCUUCGAGGCGCCGAGAACGACGCGCGCGAUAUCAUCUUCACUAUAUCGCGCUACUGGAACAGAGUAGAUAUCAACCGAAUACCGGAGCAAGAAAUGAACGACUUUGUCUGCCAACACAGGGAGGCAGCCGCAGGGUGGAUGGAGCUCAAGCGAAAAUAUCGGGAGUGAGUCAUCGCACCGGCUUCCUAGCUUUUAGAGUUGGCGUCUUCUUGACUUAUCAUCAGUUUAGGUCACGAUGAUUCAUGAACCCUUCGCGAGGGGAACGGACCCUCGUUCUCGAACUCAAUAGCGUUCAUGUAGGGCACCCAUGCCUACCCUACAAGGAUGCGGUAAAUCUUAUGGAUCAUGCAUGGCGGUCAGAGACGAUAUAGUUCUACAACUGUACUGAUUGCACCCCAAUUUGCGAGACUCUGCUUCUCGGCCUGUGCCAGAAACUCGUGCGGACUGUCCCGCUAAGGGAUAUGAAGCGCAAAGAGAACAAGUCCAGUCCGUUCCAGAGUGGUCUGCAGCCCUAGCAGCGAUCACGCGAUGUCCGUCUUUACCACAGAGCCGUUCCCAAAUGAAGCAGGACAAUGCCAGGAAAGUGCCAGCCACG